AUGGCGGGCUCCUCGCACGGCGCGCGGACGAUGCACGUGUACCCCGUGACCAACUACUCGUUCGGGCAAAAGGCUGGGCGAGCCGCGAAAGACGCGACGCCGUCCGCGACGGCGACGCGGCUCCGCGAGGCGUACGAGAGGGACGGCCCGCGACGCUCCGUCGACGCGGUGAUGCUCGUGAACCAGCACAACACCCCGCACGUGCUCCUGCUGCAGAGCGCGGGGUCGGGCCCGGGCGCGCCCGCGACGUUCAGGCUGCCCGGGGGACGAUUGCGACGCGGCGAGGGCGAGCUGGAGGGCCUGCAGAGGAAGCUUCACAGCAAGCUGUCGCCGUCGGAUGCGUCGCUGGGGGGCGCGAAGGAGUGGGAGACGGGGGACUGCCUCGCGCGAUGGCACCGCCCCGCGCACGACGCGCACUUCUACCCGUACCUCCCCACGCACGCGACGAGGCCGAAAGAGGCGCGCGCGGUGUACGCGGUGCAACUGCCGGAGAAGUGUAAGUUCGCCGUGCCGAAAUCGCUCAAGCUCCUCGCGGUGCCUCUCUUCGAGCUGUACGGGAACGAGAAGCGAUACGGCGCGGUUGUGUCUUCGAUACCGUACUUGAUAUCGCGCUUCCACUUGAACCUCGAGAGUAAAGCGGAGGAGUGAGCGAGGGCGCGGAGGAGGAGGCGCGCGAGAUAGCGGCGGAGGCGCGCGAAGGCGCCGGGUACGAAGGUAGAUUUUAAUAAAGGAAAAGAAAUUCCCGAA